CAAGCUACCAUACAAGAUGUCGUCCUCCAUUGCUGUUUUUGUGUUGAUUUAUGUGGCCAUUGUUCACACUUACAGACUGUAUAUACCCGCCAUAUCUAAGUUGAUUUUGAAGAAACUCAAGUUGGUCUCUGCACAAAAUGAAGACAAGAGAAAGGCAUUACAAGAUCUUCUGGAUCAGCAAUCCGAGAUUGACAUGAAAGAAGAAUUUGCAAAGUACGCCAAGAUUGAACGGAAGAUCAUUAAACUCAAAGAGGAAUUGAAAUCUUUAAAAAAGUCUCAAGUUGCAACCAGAUUUACUGUCAGCUGGGGUAUCACAUUAGCUUUGAACACCAUCUAUAGCAUUUUUAUGAUUGGCCUGAUCUGGAGCUACCGCUAUGAGCCCGUCAUUCUCCUGGAGGAGGAGUGGGCCUGGCCUUUCGGGCGGAUCCUGGCCUUCCCCUGCGGCAUUCCUGGGGCUGUAGGCAUAACCGCCUGGUUAGCUGUGUGCUCGGCGAUGGUUGCACGGCUACAGGGAUCCGUCCAGUACUUUUUUCUUGGAGAAAGGACCAGUUCAAAGACGUCUUGAAGGUACAGAGAUAUCACUGACUGAAUGACGAAGAUGUGUUUAGGACUUUAGGUACUGUCUGUGUGUAGAGGUCAAUGGUAGACCUUGAUCUCAAGACUUUGAUGCAUGUUUGAUGUCUAUGUCCCAACCCAAAGGCUGAAUGUGAAAUAAAUGUGUCUCCUGGGGGGCGUUUCACAAAACUUGUCAUCAUUGACAAAUGACAGUUUUUGUUAUAAGCUACUGAAAUCCUUGCUUCUGAUUGGUUAUCAGCAGAUUUGUCACUGAUUUUUGUCAUUUGCCAUUGAAAAAAGGCUUUGUGUAACUAGUCCCUGGUCUUGUCCUCAAGAUCUCAAGUCUUUACUACAGCACUAGAAGUCGUAACCCAUAGUUCUUUUUGAGGCAUGAGAACGAGGCGUCAAGAGUUGAGUCUAAGAAGGUUUAACAUCGUUACUUCAAUCACAAUAAACGUGAUGUAGCAAGAUCAGUGUAGGUCUCAAGUUUAUCAUGUUUCAGUCAUGGUCCGAUCCACGACCUAAUGCAUCAUGAAUGAAAAUUAAAACUUUUCCUCCUGGUCGUGGCCUGGAGACCGCGUGUCUAUACUACAGCACUAGCGCAGGUAGCGUCUAGAUCGCAGUGAGGCUGUAGCACAAGGUCAUGAUCUGAAGUAGUCCGUGUAUAGAUACUAGAUAGAAUCUAUAUAUGUCAUUAGAUGAACUUUGUUGAAGGUUAGUGUCUGCAUGCUGGUGUGUAUAAAUGUGUAGGUUUGCGGUUUCACCAUACGGGUAGCCCUGAAAGGGACUGUUUGGUUUGAAAGGGGAAAGAAAAGCGGGUGAGAGAGAGAGUAAGGGAGAGGCUUUCGGUUCUGCCAUUUGGAGGAUUACUUGGUAUGGUAUGGAUAGAGGUAUUUAGUUCAGUAUUUAUUAAAUUCCAUGGUAAAAAACAGUAACAUCAAAAUAUUACUUUUACAUAAUUAUUAUUAACAUAGUACAAUAUUGACAGUAAAAAGCAAAGGAAUUAGGUUGCUGUAUAAACACCCUAGAGGGUUUGUCUGGACAGCCACCAGAAACAGUAAAACUAGUAACGGAAUCAUACAAAAUGAUAUAUGGUAUUUGAAUACACAAUAACAAAAAACAACAACAAAACAAAACAAAACAAUGUAGAACAUAAGCAAAAGCAAAAACAAAAACAUACAUGAAGACCGCACAACCCUAGGUAGUGAACAAAUAAAGAUCUUUUGUUGUUUCUGGAAUGGAGUCCUGAAAGGGACUUGUGAACUACUGUAGGUUAUGAUUGCAGAGAGAGAGAUGGAGGCUCAAAAAUUCCUAAUAUGCAGUUUGAGAUAAAUUGGAAGCAAGCUUCAAAGACAUCACAGACUUUGUGAUUCAACUACAUGUACAACUGAUUUGGGGUAGAAAUUGCUUCCAGUUUUAUGUUUUACAAAGAAAAUAUUCUUGAUGCAAUUUGAAAUCGUCAUAUGAAUAUUUUCUGUAAUGAUAAUGUGGCAUGUUUUCAAGUUAGGUGAAGGUCUGGACUUAAAAAAUUAUGAACCGUUCUUUAAACAUACCCCAACUCAGGGUCCAAUUAGGACAUUUCUCUAAAUUAAUACAAUGCCCUAGAACUUUUAUUUCAUUAUUCUUAUGGCUAUGCAGAAACUCCGCAGAAGUUGUGUGUGCUAACCUCCACACUAACCUUUUUAGAAAGGGAUCCGGAUCUUACCUUGUACAGUCUGUGUGAAUGAGCCCUAUGCAAAGAUUCCAAAAUUGUUGGGGUCUGAACUUCAUUUUUGGGGUGCCCUUGUGUCUCGGGCACCUGUUAGGCUGUUAGUGUUGGGUCAUGCAACAUGUGAAACAGGUAUUCUAUUAUUUAAUCUAGCCUAUACCUGUACAUGUGACCUUCUCAUUCGUUUGUAACAUUAUCUUUACAUGUGCCAUGAUUUGAAUGUGCAAUAUAUAUGUCCAUUGUGAAAAUGUAACAGUAAUUGUAAAUUAGGAGAAGAUUUAGUUGCCAAAUAUCAAUGACAGUAAAUUGUUGACAUAUUUAUGUGCAUUUUUUCAAAACACCUUAGUCUUGAUUUGUCAACUGCAUGACAUAUUGACACCAUUUCAGGGCAUUAUGCUGUUUGUAUUACACGAAGGAUUGUCUGUCGUUUUUGUUUUAAUCCAAUUGAAGAUCAUCUCAUCAUUCAGUUCACAGUUUUGUAAAUAAUGUCCUCUCUGAUGUGUUUCGUAUACGAGUACUUCGUUAUUUCCCAUUUAGAUGCUAGGAGCUUCAAAAGUAAUGUAAGAUCCACUAUGGUAUUUAUUCAUUAACAUUUCUUAUGUUCGCAUCUAUGAAAGACACUUACAAUUACAAAAAAAGUGCAAACUAGAAAUUAAUUCAAGGAUUUAGUACCAGAGACAACUAUUAGUCUACCCUCAGGCAUCUAGCCCCUGAAAACUAACAUCCUAUGCCUGUUACCCCCGUGUGGACUACUAUCCCUUUUUUGGGGGGGGGGGGUCCUCCCUCCCCCCCCCCCCCCCCCCCUCCCCCACCUAGUUGUAUGGGGAUAAUUCAAAUAAUCUAAAGGGGUAUUUUUUUAGGGGAAGGAGGAACUAAAAGAACUAUGCAGAUAAUUCAUAUUAUAUAAAGCUGUGCUCUAAAUUGAAUUAUUGAAAUGUUUCUUGAGUAACCUUUGGCAUUUGUUGCUAUACCUUGAAAUGAACUGUGUUGUCUCGUCUUGUGUUCUAGACAUCCAUUCCUCAAAUAUUGUCUGAAUAUUUUGUAUUAUCCGAUAUUUAUCAAUGAAUAAAGAGAAAAUGCAUAUUUUAUCAUCUCCCCUAUGAUGUAUGUGAUCUCAAACGA